UGCCCUAUCCCACUCGUUGGCGUACUUCAAGCCGGUGGUCUCGACAAGGUGUCGAAACCAGAUGCUGGCAAAGGGGUGAGAGUCGCCUCGUCUUCGCAGUAAAAAAGAAGUGGUUGAAGGCUGCGCUGUUACGCUCAGAUGUCAGCCUAACCAGCGGAAGUGCGGAAGCCACACGUAUUCCACGGCGCAAAAAGCAAGCCAUGUGCAGAGGCAGAAGGCAACAGGCUGACUUGGGAAUAUGCUUCGCCCCCUAGCACAGCCUGGAGAUCAAUUAGUUAAGAACUCAAACAGAUCACUCCUGACAAGUAAGUCUUUUCGCCUCGGCUAUAUUAACUUCCCGAUAAACCAAUCCCUUCCUACCGGGAAGCACUAUGCGCUGGAUACUUUUUUCUUGGCGAAGCCAAACGCAAUCAGCAGUCCAGCCAGCUGAGAGCCUUUCGGAGUUGCAUGACACUUCGGCUCCAAACACAAACGUUCCUUCAUCAGCGGAGUCAUGGCCUAGACCAACUGCCUCAGUAGAGCCACCGCGCAUCGAAUCCUACAACUUCCUCUGUUCUCCGGAACCACUACUGCAGGAUCCUGCACCAGAGCCCUUUGAACAACGUUCGUACGACCGCUUUCCUAAUGCGGCCGAACUACCGGCAAAUGGAGUACGCGGCCGCUUUCAGCAAGAACUCCAACCCACGACUGCAAGUGGCUGUAGUGGGGGUGACAGGGUACCUGCAGAGAAUGGUCGGGGAGGUGAUCCGCAUGAAAGGAUACAUCCAAUGCCCACGAAUUGGUCGGAUGUCGCCAAACGGAGACCAGAUGAUGCUAUGCAGCAGCUCGAGGCUAUUCGUCACGAAACCAUAUCCAACAUAGCGAGAGCGUCGAAUCAAACUGAUAUCAGUCCUCCCGUUCGCCGCCGCCCUUUGCCACCAUCCAUUUCCAUCUAUCCCCCGGGCACCUCUCCGAAUUCCCUCGGAACACCAAACGCAAAUACUUCAACGUGGCUGUCCAACCCUGGAGCACCCCGUCUAGCUCCCUCAGCAUAUGAAAGCUCAACGGUUUCGCUCGGAGCCUCCGGUCUAGCCCCUCCAAUUGCCCGGCUACCCAUGGGCACUCCUGGCAUCGUCCCCUCCGAUGAAUCUGUACCUGGAAGCGACGCUUACGAUGUCGACAGGCCAACAUGCUCACUGAAUCUGGUGUGCUACCGCGGAGGCGCGCAAGGCUGUAUUCUCCGACAAAUUCAAACAGCCCUAGGGUCCCGCUUUCCGGAUCAGGGAGCUUUCAAGGAUGCGCUAGCGAAGAGUCCACAGAUAAUCGUGAGCGACAAGCGGUUCUUCAGAGAGCUGCAUCGUCUGUAUUGGACAGAGAUGUCUGGAUUCUGGCGCCGACAUUUAUCGCUCAAGACAUUGACUGGUCUGCGCCUUCUCGCGUAUUCCCCCGUGACGCGGCCUGUCGUGGUCCCGUUUGACGACUUCGUCCUGCAAGAGAUGCACUACGCCUACGAGCACCCUGACAGCGUCAAGAGCCAGACUGACUGGAUCGAAUGGGUCUUCCGGCUCCGCCGACGCAACAAGCGCCACGCGAUCGAGUUCGUCGAGGGCUGGAACAGCGCGCGCGUCAUCGUUGCUGCGAUGCUGCCGUGGCUGAUGUCCUGCCUUGUGGGUAUCAUCUGGACGGCUACUGGGGGAGAUGCCCAGACAGCGUUCACUGUGGCGAGCUUCAUCCUCACUUCUGGUACAGUGAUCCUGGCUUUGCUCGCUGUUAUCAGUGGGAUCGAGUCUUCCGGGAGGAGCCAUGCCCGGCAGGGAUAAUUAUCAGACCGACGAUACUAUGGGCUCUAUCGACAUUUGGAAGGUGAUAAUGGCUUUUGAACGCUUAAAUGAUAGAUGAAGGGAGAGAAACCCAAGUCGACCGAUGAGGGUGCCCACGAGGCUGACUAAUCCAUCACCACACUAUACCACUUUC